AUGUCCGAUGUUGACAGCGUGAAAAUUGCCUUGGAGGCCCUUGAAGAUAAAGCCUUAGGUGUCACCAAGGUCUCGGCUCUGCGAGGUGGCACCUUUACGCUUCCCAAGAAGACAUUCGUGUCUGGAGAGCCAGACAACGAACGCUGUCAGGUCCCUUCUCUGUCUUUUCUCAUCGUCCAUCAAUCAUCUGCGGCCGGCCCCAGGCGUAUUCUGUUCGACCUGGGACUGAGAAGAAAUACGAAAGAGUACAGCCUUCCGAUUCAGAACCACCUCCAGAAUCGCCUACCGUUGCAGCCUUUGCCAGAUGUACGACAGAGCUUGCUCGACGGCGGCCUUUCCCGUCAGGACAUUGACGAGGUCAUCCUUAGCCAUGUUCACUGGGACCACAUCGGCACACCUUCCGACUUCCCCCAGGCACAGUUUUUGGUUAGAGCAGGAUCCCUUGAUGUGCUCAAGAAUGGCCUAAACGGGCACAUGUCUCAUUCCCAAUUUCAAGACGACCUAUUCGACAAACUCAACGUACAGGAGUUUCCCCCUCCAACCCAACAUUUAGAGGGUUGGCAGGAAGCCGGUGGAUUACACGUUCGUAGCCUGACUGACGACGGCUCGAUUUACAUCGUCGACUGUCCAGGCCAUCUCACUGGGCAUAUUGGCCUGCUGGUACGAAAGGGAAUUCGACAAUGGGUGCUGCUGAUUGGAGACGCCUGCCAUGAUGAAAGGUUGCUACGUGGAGAGAUGUCGAUCGCAGAAUGGACCGACGCUGAUGGCCGGAUCUGCUGUAUACACAUGGACAAAAAGCUAGCAACUGAGACUUUGGCAAAGUUCUCGCUCUGGAAGCAUGUGUCAGAGCAGUGUGGCUUUGAUCUACGGAUCAUUUUUGCCCACGAUGCUACCUGGGCACGAAAUAACCAGGAUGCGUUUUACCCUGGAGCUCUAUAG